CUGGAGAAACAGGAAGUGGCCGAGCUCCCUUAAAACGGCUGUCAUAAACAACAACACAGAAGGCAGCAAGAUGGUGUACGUGUCUAACGGUCAAGUCCUGGACAGCAGGACCCAGUCGCCAUGGAGAUUAUCUUUCCUUAGCGACCUUUUCUGGGGUGUAGUGGAGUUCAUUGGCCUGUUCUUCCAGACACUUGUCCAGCCAGAUUUGUCCAAUGAUGGCAACUCCAGUGCAUCGUCACGCUUCAGCGAUGGCAGAGGGCCUCCUGGUUUUCCUGGGCGGAGACGCAUGGGCAGAAUAAACCACGGUGGAGGCCCCAGUCCUCCUCCAAUGGGUGGUGGAGGAUGAGGAAGGUAAACGCCUGCACUCUGAUGCAGGCGUAGUGGAGUGUGUUGGGUUGAGACGUGGCUGAACUCUGCUCAUAUAAGCUCUGCAAAGCAGAGAAUCUGACCAGUGAUGCUGUCUUAGAUGAACACCCAGGCCCAUCACACUCUUCACCCUCAGGCUGCUUCUGCAUAGCAGAUUUUUGAUGCUGCUCUGGGAAUUCCUAUCAUUAGGGGCUGGAGUAGCUGAAUUCAGCAGCAAUCCUCCACUCUUUUUGUCAGGUUGGACCUCUGUUAAAUAAAGUUAAAAGCUUCAGGAUGUGACAGAUUCUAUAUGUUUUUUUUUUGUUAUAUGUUACAGUAUAAUAAUAAAGUUGAAGUGUGGAAUUG